AUGCAAUUAACCGACCGGCGGCUUUUCACUGUCCUGUACGCCCUUGCAGCACCUCUUGGAUGUGCUGGGAGGGUGGUAACGCGGGGAGUAAACAGUGAGAUCGAGUGUCGCAAAACGACGGUGGCGAUACUUGGAGCGGGAGUUGCCGGUAUCACAGCUGCUCAGGCGUUGUCGAAUGCCUCGGUCUCAGAUUUUUUAAUUGUUGAUCGUAACGACUAUAUUGGUGGUCGCGUGGCGCAUACUAAUUUCGGAUCGAAACCUGACGGGACUCCCUAUGUUAUUGAGCUUGGCGCAAAUUGGGUGCAAGGACUGGGCUCUGAGGGCGGACCUGAGAAUCCCAUAUGGACGCUGGCGAAAAAGUACGGGCUGAAUAACACGUACUCGAAUUACAGCUCCAUAUUGACGUACGACGGGGCCGGCGUUGCUGAUUUUAGUGGCUUAUUCCAAACGUUUGAAAAUGCAUAUACAACGGUAGAGCAAGAUGCCGGGUAUAUCCUCACUGAUAACCUACAAGACACCAGCGUGCGCGCAGGAUUCAGCGUUGCCGGCUGGAAACCCAAGAAGGAUAUGCGCGCUCAAGCUCUCGAGUGGUGGGAGUGGGAUUGGGAAACCGCUUGGGCGCCCGAACAGAGCGGGCUUCUUUUCGGUAUCACGGGGUAUAACUUGACCUUCUACCAGUUCAGCGACGAGAACAACUUCGUGUGGGAUCAGAGAGGCUUUAACACGUUCGUCGUUGGGGAAGCGUACGAAUUCCUUGAGGAUAAUGAUCCGCGACUUCUGCUGGAGACCACCGUGACAACUAUCUCAUACGGUCCCGAUGGUGUGAUUGUUCAGCUUCAAGAUGGCGGGUGUAUCGAAGCUGAAUAUGCUAUUGCGACAUUUUCGGUAGGGGUAUUGCAGAACAAUGUGGUUGAAUUCGACCCUCCGCUACCACGAUGGAAGUGCGAAGCUAUCGAGCAAUUCCAGAUGGGCACCUACACCAAAAUCUUCUUGCAGUUCAACGAAACCUUCUGGGAUCGGAAUACGGAAUUCUUCCUUUACGCUGACGACAAGUCCCGAGGUUAUUAUCCGGUCUGGCAGUCACUUGCCGCCCCUGGCUUUAUGGAAGAGUCCAACAUCAUCUUCGUGACGGUGGUUGAUGGCCAGUCAUACAGGGUUGAGCAGCAAUCCGACGAGGAAACGAAGGCAGAGGUCAUGGAUGUUCUUAGGACCAUGUUCCCAGACAAGGAGAUCCCAGAUCCUAUCGAUUUCCACUAUCCACGAUGGAGCACGGAAGAAUGGGCCUAUGGUUCUUACAGCAAUUGGCCGGUAGGCAUGACGUUGGAGAAGCACCAAAAUCUUCGAGCCAACGUAGACCGGCUCUGGUUCGCCGGUGAGGCCACCUCGGCGCAAUACUAUGGGUUUUUACACGGGGCCUGGUUUGAGGGCCGGGAUGUCGGGAUGCGUAUUGCUGGUCUGCUUGGUCAGGGUGAAAGUCAUGAAUGCGACGGAAACUCGACACUGGGCUGCGGAGAAAUGGUGGACUAUAAGAUUCUCCACGGGUCGACCUUUGCUGAUGAGUAUAGCGUGGAGAAUGGGUGGCUGGCGAGUAGUUUCCUGACGUAUGGUUAUGAGGAGUGA